GCGGGAGAAUUCGUCUCUGAAGAGUUGUGUAUCAUUGUUUUCUUGUAACUAACUGUAAAGCAGAGGCUUGCUUGACUAAACAGCCAGACAGGAUGCGUCGCUCAGGGGCCCCCAGCCAGGUCUUUGGUAACAUGUCGAAGAAGCCCCGGUUCGUCCCUCCUGGAGCCUCACUGGCUGGUCCUCCUGAUCCCCCUGUGGGUACCCUGCUUGAACCGGAGCCUCUGGCCCCUAAACUCACCCUGGGGAACGUGCUCAACAAGGUCCAGAGGAGCCUCUCAGUCCCUGCACUGCCCCUUGCCCUGCCUGUGAAGGCCUUCAGCCUGGCUAAGAGCAGCCCCCAAGCCCCAGGCCUGUCCAGAGCUCUAGCCAGGGUGCUGGGUGCAGCAGACAGUAAGAAGAACGAGCUAGAGCCUGAAGACCCUUCCUUUACAGAGGAGAACACUGGAGACCCAGCUGUCUGGUUCCCUGGGCUAUGUUCUAAGAUGGCGUCUGGGUCCGUCUACAUGUCGUCCAGUAUGGUGGGUAAGGCUCGCUCGUCCAACUUCACCCUGUCUGAGAAACUGGACCUGCUGAAGCUGGUCCGCCCACACAUUCUCAUCCUGGAGGAGCACACCAACAAGCACGCUGUCAUCGUGGACAAGAACAAGUGCUGGGACACAGUGUCUGAGCAGUACAACGUCCUGGGGGGGGACAGGCCCCCCCGCACUGCCCAGGGCCUACGCACCCUCUACAAGAGGCUGAAGGAGUCGGCCAAACAGGAAGUGAUGCAACGGAGACACGCCCAGCCAGAGUACAGAGGGAGUAUAUCUGAACCAACCAGGAGAGUGAUGGAGAUGAUACCUCACCUUUUCCAUCACGGAGCUAUCCACCAUGAUAAAGACCCAGCAACGAUGCACAGGAUGAUGUAUAAGCAUGACUCUCCUAUGGAGCAACCUGGCAGCAGCUCCUCCCUCCCAGACUAUCCAUCAAACCCCGUCACACACCACCUGGACCAGGAUGUGGUCAGGCUGGACCAGGAUGUGGUCAGGCUGGACCAGGAUGUGGUCAGGCUGGACCAGGAUGUGGUCAGGCUGGACCAGGAUGUGGUCAGGCUGGACCAGGACGUGGACGUGAAGCCUCCGCCAGACCUGACCAUCCUCUCCACGCGUGUGGGGGUGGUGCUAGGAGGAGAGGGGGCGGAGGAGGAAGAUGAGGAGUUGGGCAGUGUCCAUGGUUAUGACGGCUCUCUCUCUCCCUGCCCAUCCUCCGUCGUCCUGCCCCUCUCCACCUCACCCGUUCCACUGCAACGUGACCUUUACCCUCAUGACCACUACCCCCGCCGUGACCCUGACAGGCUCCAUCCCCUUCAGCUGGCCAAGGAGGAGCACGAGCAGGUCAUGACCAAUCACAGAAAGAUGGGCGUAUACCUGGAGGAGAAGAGGGAGGGGCUAAAGAGGAAGCAGGAACUGGAGGAGGAGCUUCUGAGAGCAAAAAUCAAACGUGUGGAAGAGGGGUUUGGCCUGAGAAAUAAUGUUUGUGUGAUGAACAACUUCAGAUGUUCCUCACAGAGUCCGGCAGGAGGGUGUGGUCCAGGUGUGGUCGGGGCAGGGGCAGGUAGCGGUGCUGGUUCUGACGGGCCGCGGUACUUCAGUGUGAUGUGGUGUAAGGCCAGUGGGAGGAAACACAAACGCUGGCAGGGAGACGCUGUCCUGGUGACACGAGGGCGCACUGCCACGCUUAAAGACAUGGAGGGCAAGGACAUCGGCAAGGCUUCCAAACCGUUCUGCCGUCCAACGCUAUUGGGCGGAGAGACUGAUAGGGGAGUGGCCAAGCCUCAGGAGGAGGGGCCCUGUAAACCACGCCAUGACCCUCUAGCACCAGGAGCCAUUGUCAUGCCCCGGCCCUCAACCAAUCACCAGUGGGCGUAUAACAAGGCAGGCCUCCCACUGGUGGAUGUGGUGGUUGACCCCUACUUGACCGCUCACCUCCGACCCCACCAGCGAGACGGCCUGCUGUUCCUCUACGAGUGUGUCAUGGGGAUGAGGGCUACAUGUAGGUACGGUGCUAUCCUGGCAGAUGAGAUGGGUCUGGGUAAGACCCUCCAGAGCGUGGCUUUGACGUGGACGCUGCUAAAGCAGGGCCCAUACGGUGGGAAGCCGGUUGCUAAGCUUGUGCUGGUGGUUGCCCCCGGCAGCCUGGUGCAGAACUGGGGGGCGGAGUUUAAGAAGUGGCUUGGCCGUGAGAGGAUCAACGUCUACACUGUUAACCAGGACCACAGGGUGGAGCUGUUUGCAGCGUCUCCUCUCCACAGUGUAUUAGUGAUCAGCUAUGAGAUGCUGCUACGCUCUCUGGAAGUGGUACAGAAGCUGGAGUUUGAGCUGGUGAUCUGUGAUGAGGGUCACAGGUUGAAGAACAGCAGCAUCAAGACUUCCUCUGCCCUCAGUGGUCUCAGCUGUACACGCAGAGUUAUUCUGACAGGAACUCCUGUCCAGAAUGACCUGCAGGAGUUCUAUGCCAUCAUAGAGUUUGUGAACCCGGGCAUUCUGGGGUCGUCUGCUGCCUACAGGAAGGUGUACGAGGAGCCAAUCCUCCGCUCCCGACAGCCCAUCUGCACUGAGGAGGAGAGAGUUUUGGGGGAGGAGCGAGCGGCUGAGCUCUCUCGUCUGACUGGUCUGUUUAUUCUGAGGCGGACCCAAGAGAUCAUCAACCGCUACCUGCCACCUCGUCUUGAUUGGACUGUGUUCUGUAGCCCCUCCCCCUUGCAGCGGGAGCUGUACCAGGCUCUCCUCUCGCACCGUGUCAUCCGAGCCUGUCUACAGGGGUCAACACAGACUCACACACACCUCGCCUGCAUCACCGCCCUGAAAAAGCUCUGCAACCACCCAGGACUGCUCUACUCCACUGUACAGGAGCGUUCUGAUGGCGGCUCAGCAGAGGGUUCUCUGUAUGAAGGGCUAAGAGGUGUCUUUCCAGAGUCUUACUCUUCUGGGGGCUUCAGUACAGCUGAUUCAGGGAAACUACUGGUCCUGUCUGACCUACUGACCACUAUUCGCCACCUCAGCCCUACUGACAGGGUGGUGUUGGUGUCCAACUACACUCAGACGUUAGACCUACUCCAGGACCUGUGUGUCCACCUGGACUACACCUACUGUCGCCUGGACGGCAACACCCCCACCAUCCAGAGGCAGCGAUUGGUGGACAACUUCAACAGCCCUCACUCCGCCCACUUCCUUUUCCUCCUGAGUUCUAAAGCCGGAGGGGUGGGGCUUAACCUGAUCGGCGCCUCCCACCUGGUCCUAUACGACAUCGACUGGAACCCUGCCAACGAUAUACAGGCAAUGGCACGAGUGUGGAGAGACGGACAGAAGAAGACUGUUCACAUCUACCGCCUACUCACUGCAGGUACCAUAGAGGAGCGUAUCUUCCAGAGGCAGGUGUCCAAACAGGGGCUUUCUGGGACAGUGGUGGACUUGGGGAAAGGGGCGGAGCACACCAGCUUCUCCUCCAAUGAGCUGCGAGAUCUCUUCAGCCUGACAGACACACCCUGUCUCACUCACGACCUGCUAGACUGCAGCUGCAGUAUGGACGGAUCAGCCCCGGAAGAAGGAGAGGAUGAGGCGCCUGCGUCUGAUAGGCCGUGCCAGCUGGGUCGUCAAGGUGACUGUGGUGGGGCGGGGCAGAAGCAUCUGAGCAUGUCAGAGCUGAUGCAGUGGAGACACUUCGCAGGGGACACGCACACCUUCAGAGAUGCUUACCUGGACCACGCACGAAACCACAUCUCCUUCGCCUUCCAGUCCACCAUCUCACACACCACUCAGUAACACACACACACAACACACA